GAACAACCUAAUAAACUAUGCAGAAUUAGCUAGAACAACUAGAUGUUCCAAGAGGAUAAUCUUUUACAUUUGAUUCUAAUCGACCAUUUAUAUAUUACUAUUCUGUUGCCAAACCCUUGCCUGAUAAUAUAGUUGAUGAAUUAGUUAUUUGCUGUUAAAUAAGAACUUAUCUAAUAAAAUAGUUGCCUAAGGUUUGGUUUUUAAUGGCUAGUACAACAGCUCACAUUUUAAUAGAAAAACAGCAAAAGUUUGUCACUCCAAAUUUUAUUUUAGACAUAUUUAUUUAUAGUUGGCUAUCAGAUGGGAUGACAAACUUGAAAAAGGAAUUGAUGAAUAGAUUAAGCAAAUUGAUAGUUGAAAACGAUAAAUUAGAAAGACUCAUUGAUAUUUUUACAUAAGAAGUGGUCUCAAUUAAAGAAGAGUUUUCAAAAUUUCAUAAGUCAGAAUACCUUCUCAAUUAUAAUGAUAGUUGUGUACAGCCAUUAAUAGUAUUUAGAGAAAAAGGAAAAAAUGAGAACUAAUCCCUAAUCAAGAGAAUUGAUGAAUUAAAUAUUGAUGACGAUAGUAGAGAUUCAACUUUAUCAUCUUCCUAAAUCUCCUAAACAAUUACCAACAAAGAUAUUGACAGAAGCAAAUCCGAUGUUAGAGAAGUUACUGCAGCACUCCAAAAUAAUAAGAUGAAAAAGUUUACAAAACAAAUGGAAAAAAUGACACAAAAUGUUUUUACAGAAUUAAUCAAGUAUAAUUCCCAAGAUCAAUAAUGGCAAAUAGCUAGACAAUUUGUUGUUAUUAUUUUAGAAACUAGCGUUUAGUCUGAUCAUUAUUUAAAAACUAUGGAAAAAGUUAGAUUUAUAUAACCUGCUUUGCUGUUUUAUAAAAAGGCUUUACAGGUUUGGAUUCUGGCCAAAUUUUCAGCUUAAUAAUCUCAUUAAUCAUCUAAAAAUUCUUAAGAAAAUAAAGUAAUGAAUUUAAAUUAGCAUAGAUGAUAUUCAGUUAAUUUUUAUGCAAAGCAAAAAGCUUUAUGGGGAAGUCUUGGAAUGAAAAAUUAGUUAUCCCCUUGCAUACAGUAUUUCAAAUUGCAGAAUAGACCUACCCAGAGGUUUCUGUUGUAAAAAACGUUGACGAAGUAUACAAAUUUCUUAUGUUAGCAAAUGAAAAAAUUUUCUAUUUUAUUAAAAGAAAAACUUGUAGCAUUAUGGGACCAAAAUCUUUCUCAAUGCACGAAUUAGCUUAUUUAAUAACAUUGA